AUGGUUCUUCUCCACAAAAGCGUCGUCUUUUUCAAACGAUUCUCGACCUCGACGACUCCAUCGACAUCCUCUGCUUCCGACUGGAAAACCCAAUUGAACUUAUCCCGAUUAGCCACCGAAAUCUCUUCAAUCCUCUUACAACGUCGCAACUGGACACUUCAUCUCAAACACGUCAAACCCAAACUCCCAAGGUCAACACUUUCACCGCCGAUUUUCCUCCAGAUCCUCCGCGAAACUCGAAAAUCUCCUGAAACCGCUCUCGAUUUCUUCGACUGGGCUCAAACCCAUCUCCGGUUCGAGCCGGAUCUUAAAUCCCAUUGCCGAGUAAUCGAAGUUGCUACCGAAUCAGGUCUCUUGGAACGAGCAGAAACACUCUUGCGUCCUCUGCUUGAAACCCAUUCAGCGUCUAUGAUCGUAGGAUCGAUGCAACGGUGGUUUGAAGGUGAAGUCUCACUCUCUAUCUCGCUUAGCUUAGUUCUUGAGUGUUAUGCUUUAAAGGGUAGUCACCAAAACGGCUUGGAAGUGUUUGGCUUUAUGAGAAGUUUGAGACUUUCACCUUCGCUUCGUGCUUAUAACUCUCUUCUUGACUCUCUGGUUAAAGAGAAUCUACUCUCGCCCAAGCACGCUUAA